GUGAACGCAGUAAUCAUUCGCCGUCUUUCUACAUUUCCUGUUUAUCCAAUUUGUUGAGGAUGCGAUGAGAUCUGUUCAACGGAUGUGAGUAUAAUAUUACAUUUGCAACUUUAUCCUAACUCUCUCUCUCUCUCCUGUACGACCUGCCUUACCUUUAAACUUGUUGAAGAUCUGCGAAAAAACAAAAAGAGGGAGAGAAAAGAAUGGAGAGGCUUAUCUAUUCUUCCCCUCUCCCUUCCAAAAUAUCUCUUAAACCCUACCCUUUCCUCCCUCGAAUCGGCCGGCUUGAUACUGGAAAACUCGGGCCUUCCCCGUUAUUCCGUACCGAGUUCAGGCGGGUCGGCUCGUUUUUCUGCAAACAGGAAGGUCUACCUUCUUCAUCGUCACCAUUCCCCACGAAAUUUCAUUCUGGAUGUUCGUUAAAGGCGCCACCUUCCCCCGCCGAUUCACCGGUUCGCUCAAUUCCCACUUUUCCUUCUCUUAAACACAUCUUUGGAAGUGCUUCAGAGCAUCAAAAGGCACUUCCAGCUGGAGCUAUUAUUCUGCUCUCUUCUCUAAUAGUGUUCUUAGUCCACCCAAUUCCUGCUCCUCCAGCACAUGCUACAAUACAUACUACAACAAGGGGUUCUGCUGUUACUGCAAUUGGGGGAAGAUUUGUUCAGAGUGAGCUACUUAGCAGUGCUUGGACUGGCUUCUUUGCUGGUUGUCUUCAUACGUUAUCAGGUCCAGAUCACCUUGCUGCUUUGGCUCCACUCUCAAUUGGGCGUUCACGGCUGGAGAGUGCUGCAGUUGGAGCUCUCUGGGGCUGUGGCCAUGAUGCGGGUCAAAUGAUCUUUGGGUUGCUUUUUCUACUUCUCAAGAACCGUCUCCACAUUGAGGUCAUUCGAACAUGGGGUACAAGAGUGGUGGGCAUAACUCUUCUCAUCAUAGGGGCUAUGGGAAUCAGGGAAGCAUCUGAGGUCCCUACUCCUUGUCUUGCCCUAGAGAAGGGAGAAUGUGACGUGAGUGCCCUUGAAGCCUUUGAUGCAGCACCAGUGGAGAAAAAGAAGAUUGGAUUUGCAACUUUUGCCACCGGGAUUGUCCAUGGGCUUCAACCAGAUGCAUUGAUGAUGGUGCUGCCUGCGCUAGCUCUGCCAUCACGGUUGGCUGGUGCUGCCUUUCUAGGUAUGUUCUUGCUUGGAACCGUAAUUGCCAUGGGUAGUUAUACAGUGUUGAUUGGUUCGUGUAGUCAGGCGUUGAAAGAAAGAGUCCCCAGAAUAACUGAGAAACUAACCUGGGCUUCUUCUCUUGUUGCAAUUGCUCUUGGAUUGGCCAUUCUCAUUAGCCAGCUCUUUGGAUUUAGCUUGUAUUAAUCUGAUCCUCUCAAGUUACCCAUUUUUUUUUGAACUUGUAGUUUUAAUGUCUUUACAGCAAGAGUUAUUCCUGUAUUUACUAUUACGUUUGGCUCGACAAGAAAUAUUUUUUUUUUUCUGUUUUCAUUUUCCUUGAAGCUCCUAGGUCUGAUAGAAGGGGACACUUUUCUUUCUGCCUAUACCGGCUACCGGCAACUUUUGUUACCUUAUUUUUGGUUAGAGUUGAAAUUGGUUUGUAUUCGUUUAUUUAUACCACAA